CCCCUAACUCUUUCUUUUUCUCCUUUUCUGUAAAAUUUUGAAACUCUCUAAAACCUACUCUCAACCCCCAAAAAACUCCGCCGGAAACCACCAUGAACUCCACUUUAACUAUGGCUUCAUCAUCACUCUUCCAAUCCAUUAACAAUUCCCGUCCUUCCAUUUUCCCAUUCCCAAAAACUGUUACUAAAACUUACAACAAAAAAUAUGUCCUGAAAGCCUCAUCUUCCAAGAACAAUGCUAAUUUAACUUCAAAUCCAUUACUUUCAACUCUCAAAUCGGCAAGUAUUGCUGUUGUUUUCGCCGCUGUAGCCUUACGUAAAUUCCCUGUAACUCCAUUAGCUAGAGCUGAAACUCCACCAGCUGUAAUAGAAGAACAACAACAAGAAGAGGAAGAAGGAGAAUCUCCAUUAACACAGUUUUUAGAAUCCAAUUCUGAAGCUAUCCAAACCCUCAAAAACCUCCUUCAGGAAAAACUGGAAGCAGGGGAAGACGAAGAGAGCUUGAAAAUACUGAGGAAGUUGUCGUCUGCUCAACCAGAGAAUACCGAAUGGAAAUUCUUAACAGCGAGGCUGUUGAACGAAAUGGGGAAGGUUCUAGAAGCAAGGGAAGUUUUUGAAGAGAUAUUAUCGAUAACGCCCCUUUCGUUCGAGGCAUUGUUCGAGAAUGCAUUGUUGAUGGACAGGUGUGGAGAAGGGGUUAAGGUGCUUCAGAGAUUAGAGGAGGCAUUGAGGAUAGCUGAGGAAGAGAAUAAAGUGAAGGAGGGUAGGGAUGUUAGGUUUAUAAUGGCACAGGUACAGUUCUUGCAGAAGAAUGUUGAGGAAGCAUUGAGGAAUUAUGAUGAGCUUGAGAAGGAGGACCCUAAAGAUUUCAGGCCAUAUUUCUGUAAAGGAAUGAUUUACAGUUUGCUUGACAGGAAUAAAGAGGCUAGAGAGCAAUUCGCGAAGUACCGCGAGCUUUCCCCGAAGAAAUUUGAGGUGGAAGGUUAUCUGAGGACGGCUUUGUCUCGGAUGAAGCUCUUUGGAACUGAUGAAAAAGAGAGUUGAAUUCGAUGAAAUGGAGUUUAUGGUGGUUCAGUUUCCGAGUUUUAAGUAGCAAAUCAAUUUUUCGAUGAAGGUGGAAAGCUAUAACUUUGGUAUACAUUUACUUAUUAUUAUUGGAUUGUGUCGAAUAUAAGAUGAAGAUAGAUUAGACAAUGAAAUAAAAGAAUAAUUGCUAGAGUCUAGUUACAGUCUAGACGGAUUCGUGUAUGAAUCUCGAAUCAGCAGGUGAUUACUGCUUAGGUUCUUAACUUGCAGUCAAUAUAGAUUACUUGCCCUUUCAUUUCAUGUUAUAUUGAUCAGCUAGCUGAAAUUUAUAUAUGUAUCCCGGGCCGAGGUUCUUUUUAUCCUUAUGGAAGAGCAAGGUCAGCUUUA